ACCCUCACAUUACAAUUCAUCUGAGUUUACCAGUCUGUUCAACAGCGCAACAGUUGAAGUGUAGUCUCCAACUUAGCAACUCGGCAUCUACAUCAACACCAGCCAGCCACAGCCAUGGACGCCGAGGAGUACAAAGUUCGAGGUAAGGAGAUGGUGGACUACAUCGCCGCGUAUCUAACUGGGCUACGUGACCGGCCUGUGAACCCAUCCGUGCGGCCUGGCUACCUGCGUCCCCUGCUGCCCCCUGGCCCUGCGCAGCAAGGAGAGCCCUGGGAGAAAAUCUUUGAGGACGUGGAGCGGCUCAUCAUGCCUGGGAUUGCACACUGGCAGAGCCCACACAUGCAUGGAUAUUUCCCGGCACUCAACUCGUACCCAUCGCUUCUUGGUGACAUGCUGGCGACUGGGAUGAAUUGUGUUGGCUUCACAUGGGCAUCUAACCCGGCCUCCACGGAGCUGCAGAUAGUGAUGACGGACUGGCUGGUGAACAUGCUGUCCCUCCCUGACACCUUUCGACAUGAUCACCCAGAUGGAUGUGGAGGUGGAGUCAUACAGGGUGCUUGCAUGGCCUGCAUGUGUAGCACAGUCGCCUCCAAGAGCUCAGUGAGCGAAUCCACCAUGCUGGCCCUCCUGGCGGCACGGACACGCGCUCUUACACAGUUACGCGGGGAUGUGAGCCAGGACAUCGGCAAUGACGCACUCCUCAACUCACGACUUGUGGGGUACACCUCAGACCAGGCUCACUCGUCAGUGCUGAAGGCGAGCCUCGUGUCGCUGGUGAGGCUGCGCUCGCUGCCCACGGACUUGGAGUUCUCGCUGCGCGGGGAGACGCUCCGACGCGCCGUGGAGGAGGACCGAGCACAGGGACUUGUCCCGUUCUUCGUGUGCGCAACCCUUGGCACAACAGGCGUCUGCGCGUUUGACAACAUGGCUGAACUGGGCCCAAUCUGCCGCCAGGAGGGGCUCUGGCUGCACGUGGACGCGGCGUACGCGGGCACUGCCUUCCUGUGUCCCGAGCUGCGUGACCCCCUGCGCGGGGUCGAGUUUGCCGACUCGUUCGUGGUCAACAUGGGCAAGUUGAUGUUGGUGAAUCAGGACUGCGCCGUAUUUUGGGUGGCGGACAAGCGGAGUCUGCAGAGCACGUUCUGCGUGGAGCCGCACUACUUACAGCACAAGUACUCCGGUUCGGUCACAGACUUCAUGCACUGGCAGAUCCCCCUGACUGUGCGUUUCCGCUCGCUCAAGCUGUGGUUUGUGAUUCGCUCGUUCGGGCUGGACGGCCUGCAGGAGCACGUGCGCAGGACCAAUAAACUUGCAAGGUAUUUUGAAAGCCUCGUCAGGGAAGACCCCCACUUCGAAAUUCCAGCGAAGAGCAACUUGGGACUCGUUGUGUUUCGUCUCCAGGGCCCAAACGAACUGACAAAGACACUUCUCAGGCGACUCAAUGAGUCACAGCAGCUGUUUGUGGCGCCAGCCAUGGCCGGGGAGAAGUUCAUCAUCCGCUUCGUCAUCACGUCUCAGUUCACCACAGAGGCGGAUGUGCUACGGGACUGGCGGCUCGUGUCGCAGGCUGCUACAGACCUGCUGCAGGGCUCAGCAGCCAAGGACGACACGAGCGGAAUGGAGACCUGCAUUGUGGGCAGAGAGGAAGAGACUGCCCUUGACCACCAGAGUCAAGUCAAGAGUGUCUAGAGGUCAUGGCACUGGCCAGAAGUUAAGAGCUCUCUCGUGCCAGAUGGUGGAAAUCUCCCUGAUAUUCACCAAAUAAUGUUGUAUUUACUUGAGGGCCUGAUUGAAAAAGUUUGAGAUUUUAUGAUCACCCCCCCCCCCCGCCUCCUAGAAGUUUCUAGA